GGACGCUUUCAGUCAAACCGCCAUUCUCAGUCCUGUCGUCUGACUGUACGUGUGUUCUCAGUUUGAAGACUUGCGAAGAAAAAUGAUCAUGGGAGAUACGGACGGCUUGGAUGGUACAAACAGGCCUAUCCGGAGAAGUCGACCCAGUAGCCAGACCCCAGGUACGAAAGUAGCGGGCUACUGCUGCCCAUUUUGCACCUUCGUGACGUGGAGUGGCCCCUCCGUGCUCUCGUAUCACCUGCGGUCCCACCUCGGCACCCAGCACUGUCCUAUCUGUGGUGUCUCUGCAGCCAGCAAACCUGCACUUCACCAACACAUCGCCAGGCGGCACAUCCGUCCAGAUGCAGCCUACGGCGGUAACGAGGACUAUCUGAGUGAAGCGCCGGACAAAUGUCUUAGUUCCUGCGAACCCUGUCAAAUGGUGGCCCGCUACGGCAGGCCUUUUUUCGGCCACUAUUGUUUCCUGUGUGAUUAUUCCGAUUCCAACUCUCUACGCUUGACCCGUCACGUGAUGGCAGGACACGUACAAAUCGCCAAAACUCAAAUCGAGCUCAACAAAUCGGGACUUGUGCAACAACCACCUGUACACCUUUCAGUGGUAUCAUCAGACAAAGACGUUGGUCAGAAUUGUUCAGCUCGUCAGAAACCAGAGGGAGAAGCCGAGAGAGAGGGCCCGGGUGAAGAGCUGCGCACACCACCACAGGAACGACAGCGACACGGCAAGCGCAAGUCACUGGAAACAUCGCCACCGACUAUGGAACCCACGCACACUAGUCCUUCAGCCUUGUCGUUUGUAAAUGACGUCACCGUUCCUAUGAAGAAGCGACGGAAGGUUUCCAUGGAAACUACCAACAACGAACAGUCCACAGCGACUGAAAAAGACAACUCGUCAACGAGACUUUCGCCUAGUUCCCGACAACAAAUGCGGGUACAGAAUGCUGAGGCUGUCACGAGCAGAGUGACAUACAACGUGGGGUUCUGUGCGACAUGGAUGCCGCUGUGGCCAUCUUCGCCACCUGUGUUGGAACAAGAGGUGCCGUUGGACUUGUCCGUGCGUAAAGCGCCACCUGCCGACCUGACUGAGAGUGCCAUGCCCGUGAUCACUUCCGUGUUUUCAUGGAAAGACUACCUCUGACGUAAAAAAAAAUCCGUAUUGCAGUGAAAGAUGUUGACUUACAAAGUAGCUUGUACUUUUGUUUUAUGUAGACUACUCUACUUUGAAUAGGUUAAUUCUAUUCAACAAGUGUAUUGUCUUCGCAUUUUCCUUCUUUAAGUUAUAUUGAUGAUUUUCAGUACACUACGAUACCUGUUUCAGAUGUAUCAAAAACAUGUGGUUAACGAUGAUAUCGAGCUUUUAGGGAAUAAAGAAAUAUCAAAGUAAGUUCUAUAGUCUAGCUAUCUUGUUUCUGAGUUGAUUCACUCCAGUUAUGUGAGGUUACAAAUUCAAGAUACUCUAGUCACGAAACUGGGCUGGUAUAAGUCAAUAAGAAGAUCUACACAUGAAAUCCGCAGGACAUACAUCGCGAAGUAACAGUUAUCGUCCAAUCUGGGUCAGGUAUACAUGUGGAGGUGUAUAAUGGAAUAGAUACUUCUUACGGCGAAUGAA